AUGAUGACGUCUCUGAAGCUGUUGUCAGUGGAACCAUCAGAUCGGGGCUCGCAGAGGUGCAGGCUCGGUCCGGGUUUGAUGUCGGCGCUGGGCUUCAGUGCGGGCUCCCCGGUGUUGCUGUCUCUUCCCGGGGGAAGCUGCCUGUGCACCGCCUGGCCCCGGUCUGACCUGGCCGAGGGCUUCCUGCAGGCGGACAUGAAGUGCUGCUCGCCGUCGCUCAUCAGGCGUCCACCGUCACGCCUCACUCUGGAUCCCGAGCAAGUCGCGCUCGUCCCGUGUCCCGAACUGAAAGGAAUGAAGAUAAGCGUGGUCGUCCGAAGUGUUGAAUUCAAGAGAAACAGCCCUCCUCGUUUUGUUCAUGAGCUUGUGAAAGACAUGCUGAAAGGGGCUUUGGUGCACAGGAGCCAUGUCAUAAACCUGGAGGAUUUCGACACGGACAUUAGAUACGUUGUCAUCGAAAACCUCUAUCCGGAUACUAACGCAGCCGGACUCGUCGCCUCCAAAACGAGUGUGGAGAUCGCUGGCAUCCAAACUGUCAGGCACUUCAAGAGCCUUCUGCAGGGCCAGGUCACAGUGCCUUUGGGGGGCCUGGAGGAGGUGAGCGCGUCGCUGAGAGAGAUGCUGCAGCUGCCGCUUCUCUAUCCUGGCACCCUGGCUUCUCUCGGGGUGUCGUGUCCCAGAGGCGUGCUGCUCGUGGGGCCGCCAGGCGUCGGGAAGACCCAGCUGGUUCGGAAAGUGGUCGGAGAAGUUGGCGCCGCCCUGGUGGUGGUCAGAGGGCCAGAGGUCAAAGUCAUUUUGAUGCUCAUUUUGCUCUGUCAUCAUACAACCCCGAUUAACUGUGCAGGAAUUUUUGAAGUUGUGCGGUCACGCCCGGGCGAGAGCGAGGAGCUGUUGCGAGGCGUGUUCGCGCAGGCACGCAGCACAGCAGAGGAGGGUCCAUGCGUACUCUUUUUGGACGAGUUGGACUCUCUUUGCCCGAGAAGAAGCGGCUCGUCCGCACCGGAGAACCGCCUGGUGGCUCAGCUCCUCACGCUGAUGGAUGGGGCGGACCGAUCGGAUCGCUUCCUCGUCAUCGGUGCCACCAACCGUCCGGACGGCUUAGACCCGGCCCUGCGCAGGCCUGGAAGAUUUGACAGAGAAGUUAUCAUUGGGCCUCCCACCUUAAGGCAGAGAGCAGCUAUCUUGUCGGUUCUGUGCGAGAAGAUGCCAGUGUGUCGCAACGUGGAUAUGACAGCGCUGGCACAGAGAACUACAGGUUAUGUCGGGUCAGACCUCAGCGCCCUGUGCAGGGAGGCCGCCAUGCAUGCUAUGCGGGAAAACGCAAAGGGUUCAGGGGAGCAGACGUUGCUACUGAAACAUUUCCUUGAAGCUCAGAAGUUGGUGCGACCUUCUUGCCUGCGGAGCAGCCUGGGCCGGACGGAUCUCUCUCCUGUGACCUGGGAGCAGGUCGGCGGUCUUGAUGACAUUAAAGUGAAACUGAGACAGAGUAUCGAAUGGCCAGUGAUGUACCCCGAAGCUUUCUCCCGCCUGGGUCUGCGUCGGCCGCGUGGCGUGCUUCUCUACGGGCCUCCGGGGUGCGCCAAGACAACGCUGGUCCGAGCGGCGGCCUCUGCCUCAAAUUGUACCUUCCUGUCCGUUAGCGGCGCUGACCUCUACUCGCCCUACGUGGGAGACUCAGAGAAGGCUUUGUCACAGCUGUUUCGUCAAGCGCGGGCCUGCGCUCCGUGCGUCCUGUUCCUGGAUGAGAUCGACUCUGUGAUUGGCUCGCGGUGCAGCGGUCAGGCGGCGAACAGCGUUCAGACUCGACUCUUGUCCGUGCUCCUCGACGAGAUGGACGGCGUCGGCCUGAAGACGCUGGAAAGGAGGGGCACGCAGAAGAUCCUCCAGGUGGAGGGAGCAGAGGAGAGUCACACUCCAGAGCAGAUGGACGGCCAGGAAGUGUGCAACAAAGACGUGAUGGUUGUAGCAGCUACUAACAGACCCGACUGUUUGGACAGUGCCCUUCUGAGGCCCGGCAGACUGGACCACGUUCUCUAUGUGCCACCACCAGACCAGCAGGCCCGCCUGGCCAUCCUGAAGGUGUGCACAAAGUCCAUGCCUGUGGACGCCGACGUGUGUUUGGAGGAGCUGGCUGCUGGGACUGAUCUUUAUUCUGGAGCUGACCUGGAAAAUCUUUGCAAAGAGGCUGCUCUGCUGGCGUUAGAAGAAAACAUGGACGCGUCUAGCAUCAAACACACGCACUUCUUGCAGUCGCUCAAGAAAACCACGCCCUCUCUCACAGCCCAGCAAAUCCAAACAUACCAGACAACAUCUGAUCAGAACAUUUAAAGUUCCCCCAACAUUUAUUUUUUAAUAAAAUGUAAAAACCUGA